ACCAUGAAGUCCCACAUGACCGGUCCCAUGAGAUCUUCUCUGGGCCCAAUUCGAGGAGAGAAGGACAGGCAUAAUCUCCAUCUUUCUAUGUGCCUGUCAAGAGUCCUGCGAAGCGGUUGCGGCAAGUCCAUCGAGUGUCAAACUCAGUCGAGUGUAGAUCCUCCACGCACUUUGAUCUUGAGAUCUGUAGCCCAAUUCGGUCGUUGUCUAGUCAGCCUAAUUCGUGGAAUUUUUUGGCAAGCGAAGACCUCGACCCUUUCACGACUUCGCACCAGCUCCUUGUCGCCCUCAUACCAGCUUCGACCGUCUCGCCUGUCCGCGACUGGGCGCGAUAGCAAAGAUGCAGGAGGUAGACAGCAAUAUGCACGGGGGAUCCCGCGCAAAGAUGGAUCAAGUUGUGGCAAGAACUCUUCUUGUCGAGCUAUUAGCACACCAAUUCUGCUAUCCAGUGCAAUGGAUAGAAACUCAAGACUUGUUGCUGGGAGCUCGAAAUACCGAGCGUAUUAUUGAAUUAGGCCCCGGAAAUACUCUUGUCAACAUGGCAAAGCGGACAAUUGGCCUGAAGUACCAAACAAAAGAUACAGCGCAGAAUCUAUCGCGCCAGUUAUUGACCUUUCAGCAAAAUCUCGACAAGAUUUCUUACGAGCAGAAGUUUGUCCUUCCACCUGAAAUACCACGAUCGCUGGCGGUCAAUCCGGAUACGGAGCCUGUGAAGACUAUGGAAGUCACUGCUCCCUCUCCCGAGGGUCCCAUAGUACCAACAACCACGACCCUGCCCGCCAAUACUGCCCCAACGGCCGAGGUGGAGGAUGCGCCUGUCAAUGUCGUGGAUGUUGUGUCUACCAUCAUCGCUGUCGGGCUAAAAAAGCCUUUAGAUGGCUUUCAGAUGUCCAAGUCGAUCAAAGCAUUAGCGGGUGGCAGGUCAACGCUACAGAACGAAAUCAUCGGCGAUCUAGCGUCCGAAUUUGAUACCAUACCCGAAGGAGCUGAAGACCUCCCACUCGAUACGCUAUGCGCAACCAUUCAGUCUACGUUUUCCGGCAAAUUGGGCAAGAAAUCGUCGUCGUUGAUCGACAAAAUGAUUUCUAACAAAUCCCCUGGCACGUUCCAAAGUGCUGGCAUACGCAAAUACUUGAAGCAGCGAUGGGGCUUUGGACCAGGCAGGCAGGACAGCGUACUCCUCUGGGCAGUUACCUCGGCGCCCGACUUCAGAUUGAAAAACGAGGACGAGGCAAAAAUAUUCCUUGACAGCGUCGCACAAAUCUACAUCGCGAAGAACGGCCUCACACCGCCUGAUGCAUCAAGAGAAGGUGCAUCGGCCGCUGGCCAGGCUACUAUCAGUGCCGAAGCCUUGGAAUUUCUAGAAGCGAAACAGAAGACUGUUCUCAUGGAACAGCUAACCCUCUCUGCGAGACUCUUGGGUCUAGACUUGCAAGCCUCCGACGCGGCGGUAGCAGGCCUCCAGCAACGAAUCACGGUACUGGAGAAGCAGCUAGAUUUGUGGAACACCGAGCAUGGAGAAGUCUACGCCUUGGGCAUCGAACCUAUUUUCUCCUCUCUGAAAGCUAGACAUUACGACUCAUGGUGGAACUGGGGUUUGCAAGACCUCUUGACGCUAGUGUCAAGCGUCCGAAACCAAGAACUCAAGAGGAAAGAUCCAGAAUACGAGGUUCUGAGGCGGAGUCUCCAAAAUCGAUCGCACCCAAGGCUCCUCGAAGCGCUGCGAUUCUUAGCUUCCAACGCCGUAGAUCAUGAGUUGAGAGACAUUCUGGAACAGCUGCAGAAUGAUUGUGAAGCAACAAUGAAGCGCAAACCCGCCGCGUAUCCCAGAUCGGUCUCAAUGGCACCAGUGACCGAGAUUGAAGAAAGUGGAAAAAUAGUCUACAAGGAACAGCCCAGGCCAUCAGACGCCGAGGACGGGCGCACGCACCUUCAGCUUGGUCGCAAAGGAUUGCGAUGUUGGGAAUAUGAUCCAUCUCUGUCCUCGAGGUUACAUGAAUGUCUCAGCGAUGCCCAGUCCUCUGGCCUUGCUUUUGCCGAUAAUACUGUCCUCGUUACUGGGGCGGGGGCAGGAUCGAUUGGUGCUGAGAUCGUCCGUUUCCUCCUGUGUGCAGGUGCCCACGUGAUUGUGACAUCGAGCUCCUAUUCUAGCAAGGUCACCAAAUAUUACCAAGACGUCUACUCCAAGUAUGGUGCUCGAGGAUCGAAGCUUGUGUUAUUACCUUGCAACCAAGCUAGCGUCCAGGACAUGGAUGCUUUGGUCAAGUACAUCUAUGAGAAGGAUGGCUUGGCCUCAGAUCUCGACUUUGUCAUUCCGUUCGCCGCUAUCUCAGAGUCAGGUCGUGAGCUGGAUAACCUGAACUCCAAAUCCGAAUUGGCCCAUCGACUAAUGCUGACCAAUACUCUACGCCUGCUCGGACUCAUUAAGCAACAGAAAGCCUCUCGUGGAAUCAUGACAAGGCCUGCUCACGUUGUCUUGCCCCUGUCACCCAACCACGGAAUGUUUGGCGGCGAUGGGUUAUACGCCGAGUCGAAACUGGGCCUAGAAUCCUUGUUCGAGAAGUGGCACACUGAAGAUUGGGGUGAAUACCUGACCAUUUGCGGCGCUAUUAUCGGAUGGACUAGAGGCACCGCUCUCAUGUCCGACAAUGAUAUUGUUGCAGAAGGGAUGGAGAAGCUCGGAAUGAGGACAUACUCACAGGAAGAGAUGGCAUUCAAUAUCUUGGCUCUGAUGAGCCCCAACAUCCUACCAUUCGCAGUAUCAGGCCCCUUGGUUGCUGAUUUGAGUGGUGGAAUGGGGGAUGUGGCAAACCUCAAGGAUAUCACAACCAACAUCCGGACGUCGAUCAACCAGACUAGUGACGAACGUCGAGGAAGAGCUAGGGAAGCUGAAUUCGAUGCCUUACCAACGAACCUGGAGCCUCAAAUGGAGAGGCAAGCUAACAUGGAGUUCAAUUUCCCAACACUGCCAGACUGGGAAAGUCAAGUCCAACCACUUACUGAGCAGCUUGAGGGAAUGGUCGAUCUCAGUCGAGUGGUGGUCGUUACCGGGUUUGCGGAGGUCGGCCCUUGGGGCAAUGCCCGUGUUCGCUGGGACAUGGAAGCAAACGGUCGCCUGUCCACCGAGUCAUGUAUAGAACUCGCUUGGAUCAUGGGUCUGAUCAAGGCCUAUUCUGGUAUGGUUGAUGGCCAGCCGUAUUCCGGCUGGCUUGACAAGGAGUCAGGCAAGCCCAUAACCGAUCAAGGAAUUGCCGACAAGUAUGGGAAGUAUAUGCUCGACCACGCCGGGAUUCGCUUCAUGGAGCCUAAGAAGGACAGUCCUCUCUGGAAUGGAAGGGACUCUUUGCAGGAAAUUGAGAUAUUGAAAGAUCAUGGUCCUUUUGAAGUCUCCGAAGAGUGUGCACUCGACUUGAAGAGGGCACAUGGCGAUCUAGUCCACCUCUCUCCAAACUCCGAGUCCGGGCAGGUCAAAGUCACACUCAAGAAAGGUGCAAGGAUUAUGAUCCCGAAGCUGCUUAGCACUCAGCACACUGUUGGCGGGCAAGUGCCAACUGGUUGGGAUGCACGAACCUACGGCGUUCCUGAGGAGAUUAUCAACCAGGUCGACCCAGGUACACUGUACCCUCUCGUUUGCGCGGCCGAGGCACUGCGGACGGCGGGUAUUCUGGAUCCGUAUGAACUCUACCAGUAUUUGCACAUUGCUGACGUGGCGAACUGCGUCGGAUCGGGAUUCGGGGGUGCCUCCAGCCUCCGCAAAAUGUUCAAGGGACGGUAUCAGGACGGAGCCGUACCCAAUGACGUGCUUGCCGAGUCUUUCAUCAACUCUGGGAGUGCAUGGAUUAACAUGCUUCUACUUUCUGCUGCUGGCGCAAACAAGACGCCAGUAGGGGCAUGCGCAACAUCGGUUGAAUCCCUGGACACCGGUUAUGAUCUAAUCGUAAACGGCAAGGCUAAAGCCUGUUUGGUUGGCGGCUUCGACGACAUGCUGAAGGAUGUCGCGGACGAGUUUGCCAGUCUGAAAGCCACCAUCAACGUGGAUGAAGACAUACUUCGUGGCCGCGAGCCCAAGGAGAUGAGCCGCCCGGCAACCUCAUCGAGAAAGGGGUUCGUGGAAGCCGAAGGUGCUGGAAUCCAGUUGAUUACUUCCGCUAGUCUCGCCAUCGAAAUGGGACUGCCUAUCCAUGGCGUGGUAGCCUUCACAAAUACGGCCAUGGACAAGGCUGGUCGGUCGCUACCGGCGCCAGGCCGAGGCAUUCUUGGCUCUGCAGUCCAGCGACAAAGCAAAUAUGAGUCGCCACUGAUGAGUAUGUCCUACCGCAAACGGGCUCUGAAAGCGAGAUUAGAUCAAGCAAAGAAGUUGCGGGAGCUGCAGUUGUCAUACCUUGAAGAAGAGCUGGGACAGUUUCAAUCACAAAAGGUUGACUUCGAUUUGGACGAAUACAGGGAGCAACGGCUGGCUGGCAUUGACGCUGACACGCGACGUGACAAGAGAGACGCACUCAAUACCUAUGGCAACCAAUUCUGGGUCCACGACAAGACUAUCGCGCCCAUGCGAGGCGCCCUUGCAGUCUGGGGCUUGACUGUUGACGAUAUCGAUGUCAUCUCCUUCCAUGGAACGUCUACGAGAGCGAACGAGAAGAACGAGGCCUCCGUUGUCCACGAACAACUGAGGCAUCUCGGCCGAAAGAAGGGCAAUGUGGUGCCAUGUGUGUUCCAGAAGUCCGUGACCGGCCAUCCUAAAGGCCCUGCCGGUGCAUGGAUGUUGAAUGGAUGCCUCCAGAUGAUGGAAACUGGAGUGGUGCCCGGAAACCGCAACGCCGACAACAUCGAAGACGCUCUUGAAGAAUUUGAUUUCCUCGUCUACCCGAACAAGAGUACAAAGAAGCAAGAGAUCAGAGCCUUUUCAAUGACCUCCUUUGGGUUUGGUCAGAAAGGGGCACAGAUGGUCGGUAUACAUCCCAAAUACCUCUACGCCACUAUAUCAAAGCAGGACUAUCAAGUAUAUGAACGACGACUCCGCAUACGGGAGAAGAAGGCGACGCGCCGCUUCCAUGAAGGACUGUCGAAUAACUCGGUGUUUGUGGCAAAAGAGCAGCCACCGUAUGCGGCUUGUGACGAGAUGAAAGUGUUGCUGAACCCCGAUACAAGACUCCCCAGAGGCUCAUGAUGUGAAGGCGAGCGAUGCAGACCCGAACAGAUGCAUGCUUAGUUGGACAUAGGCACUAUUGUAACGAUGAGUUGGUAGACUGCUAUUCCUUUGUUUCGAGUGGGAGAAGGGC